AUGGCGUUGGGAAUUGCCCACCAUUUAGCAGGCCUACCAGGUCCUCCUUCGGAAUGGGCAUUACUAGGAGGAAGACAUCCCUAUCCCCAUGGUCCGUUCAUGAGCCACCAUCACCCCCACUUUCCCCAUAAUAUGUUUGCCGCUUUGGACCGUCCAGUUUCUUCUCCAAGGAUAGCAAAUGAACCAUCUUCAACAUCGUUGGGCCCUAUAUCGAUAAACUGCAGCAGCGCACACAGUACAACUUCACCGAAAACCUCGCCGAACACCCAAGUAGGACUUCUCACGACAGCGAGAGAACCGCAAUCACCUCAAGAAGACGACAUAUCCGUUACUGCUUCUCCCAACCCUUCUCCGCCGCCACAAACUGCAUUUCCUGGUAUACCUGCUCCACAAAUUCAAAACAACCAGUUGUUUAACAACGCUUUGGCGGCCAGCCUAUUUUUGAACACGCCCUUGAUUCCUCCACCAGGUCAGUGGUUUUAUUCGCAGCUGUAUCCUCACGAUUGGAGUUGGAUGAGUUUUAGAAACAACCAACUGAUGUCUAGGAUAUCUUCUCAGGAAGACUCGUUCCAAAACCCAGAUAGUUCUAGUGAGAAACUAGACGUUACAGAAAUAGAAGAAGAAACGGAAGAUAAAGACAUUAAAGAGCCCAUAAAAGAAUUUUCGGACGAUAUCGAAAGUGACGUAAGUAAAAACGGUAACAAAGACGCGCCUAAAGAAAAUAAACUUUGUGAAGGUGUCAAUCUGAGUGGUAAAGUUCGGAAAGCUACGGUUACUCUCGUGAAACAUAAAGACGAAGUGAGUUCUAGUAAUAGGGAUAAUACUAAGUGUUCUAAGGAAAAUAAUAGGCAUGUAUGGAGACCGUAUUAA